AUGCAGUUUACCGCCAUUCUCAGCAUCCUCGCCUUGAGCGCCGGAGUCGUCCACGCCGGAGUCCGCGCCGGACAACCGGCCUACUGCAGCGGCGGCACUUCAUACCCAAAUGUCAACUGCCUUGGAGAGUACCAGUUCUGCUGCAGCGAGCUUCAGACUCCCGACACCCCGACAUACCGCGGCGACUGCAUCACCUACACACCCAGCGUCGAUUGUACCGGUGGAACUGUCAGAUGCGUAUGUAUCAUCCCGGUGAUGGGCUGUUUCGUUUAG